GAAACACCAACGAAGAAGAAACCGCCAGAGGAAAGAGGUCCUUGCGCUCUUGGAGCAAGUUCAUUGACAACAGUCUGCCGUCGUCGCUGUCAUGGCCUUCCUGUGCAGAAGUGCUGCUUCGCUCCUGAAGCCCUCCAGAGCAGCGCCGGCUGUCCUGACUGCUGCCCGCCUCUACAGCUCAGGUGGUCAGUAUGAGUACAUUUUGGUGGAGAAGCGAGGUGAGAAGAAUAACGUGGGUUUCAUCCAGCUGAACCGACCCAAAGCUCUCAACGCUUUGUGUGACGGGCUGAUGAAGGAGGUGGGACGGGCCCUGGAUGCCUUUGAAGCCGACAGUGACGUUGGAGCCGUCGUCAUCACUGGCAGUGAGAAAGCCUUUGCUGCGGGAGCGGACAUUAAAGAAAUGCAGAAUCGCACCUUCCAGGAGUGUUAUGGUGGAAACUUCCUGGCUCAUUGGAACAGGGUGUCCACAGUGAGGAAGCCUGUGAUUGCAGCUGUCAAUGGAUUUGCUCUGGGUGGAGGCUGUGAGCUGGCGAUGAUGUGUGACAUCAUCUAUGCCGGAGAGAAGGCGCAGUUUGGCCAACCAGAGAUCCUGCUGGGGACCAUCCCAGGGGCGGGUGGCACCCAGCGACUGACCCGUGCGGUGGGAAAAUCCCUGGCUAUGGAGAUGGUACUCACAGGAGACCGAAUUAAUGCACAAGACGCCAAGCAGUCAGGUUUGGUGAGUAAAGUUUGUCCUGUGGACCAGUUGGUGUCCGAAGCUGUUAAAUGUGGGGAGAAAAUUGCAUCCAACUCCAAACUGGUCAGUGCUAUGGCAAAAGAGGCUGUUAACGCAGCUUAUGAACUGACUUUGGCUGAGGGUAAUCGUCUGGAAAAGCGCUUAUUCCACGCUACCUUUGCUACAGAUGACCGUAAAGAAGGCAUGACGGCAUUUGUGGAGAAGAGAAAGGCCAGUUUCCAGGACAAGUAGAAAAGAGCAGAUGAAGAGCUCGGCCAACAUCGCAGUUCCUGAUAUCAGCAGCUCAUCUCCUUAAUGAAAUCAGUUGAAUGAUGCAAAAAUCCUGAUUGGUAGUGGAGCAUACAAGCUGUUUAAUAUAGGAUUCAAGGAUUUACACUGAGUGCGCAAGAGUGUCUUAUCACAGAAAAACCCGCCUGCUGAGCUUCAGUAUCCAAAAUCAGAGUGUGUGUGCCGGAGUGCAGAGGGGUUUGCAGGUGUGUUGUGGUCCGUGUGUAAUGGAUGGACCCGGACUUGGUGACUUGUAAUGACUUUGCCUUUUCAUUUUCAACUGUCAAAAUGUUUGUCUGCAUUAAGUGGGCAACUUGUUGUCCGUGUACAUUUUUCAAAUAAAACUCAAUAGUGAUUUUCAGU